AUGAAGCUGCAGUGUGAUGUCGAGGUGGUGAACCGGAUGCUUCCCACGUUUGGGAUGAAAAGUCGGGGCAAAGGGACGAGAGCGAUGGUCUCCAUCGGGAAGCAUUUGGACAAGACGAGUCAGCGCAGCAACGUUUACAUGAUGAUCUGCACAUCCAAAGACCGAGCGGGCUCCAAGUACAAGCUCAAAGACAACAUCGAGAAAUUCUUCACCUGGUUUGUAGAAGAAGGCAAGGCCACCGUGAGAUUAAAGGAACCUGCCGUCGACGUCUGUCUGAGCAAGGCGGAUGCCAAUAGCUUAAAGAACUUCCUCUCGGCCGCUCGCUUGGCACACAGAGGAAGUGACACGAGCAGCCUCCCUCUCUCCACACUCACUCCUGUUCGCGCCAGAGACGUGGAGCAGCCCAAGAAGAAGCUCACCAUCGUUUCCAAGAAGGACUACCCGCUCACCUCCAGCUUCCCCUACUCUCUGGAGCAGCUGCAGGUCUCCUACUGCAAACUGUCAAGGGUGGACAUGCGGAUGCUGUCUCUUAAAGCUCUCCGCAAACUGGACCUCAGCAACAACCACAUCAAGAAACUCCCUGCCACCAUUGGUGACCUCAGCUGCCUCUCUGAACUCGUCCUCCACAACAACCACCUGGAAGCCUUCAGCGUGGCCCUCUGCCUGUCCACCCUGCAGCGGACCCUCCAGGUCCUGGACCUCAGCCAGAAUCGACUGCGGUCCCUCCCCGCUCAGUUCUGCCAGCUCAGAGAACUAGUGAACCUCAAACUGGACGACAAUGAGCUCGUCUGUUUGCCGUUCCACAUCGGCCGGCUCUCGAAGCUGAGGUUCCUGUCAGCGGCACAUAACCAGCUGGCUGCGUUGCCCAGUGACUUCCGCAAGCUGAGUCUGGAGAACCUGGACCUGUUUGGAAAUCCGUUCGUCCAACCGAACUCUCUGGACCACACGAUGAAACUUACAUUCCCCCUUCCACUUCAAGAGUUGGCUUCCAGAGCGGUGGCCAACCUCAGGAUACCGUACGGACCUCACCUCAUUCCUGCCCACUUGUGUCGGGACCUCGAAGUAGCCAAGACCUGCGACUGUGGCCGCGUCUGCAUCAAUUUCUACAUCAAGACAGCGGUCAGCAUGAACCUGCACCAAGUCUCUCACACGGUGGUGCUGGUGGACGACAUGGGCGGCACAGACGCACCGGUGCAGCAGCACUUCUGCUCACUCUCCUGCUACUCCCAAUAUUUAGACAACUCCCUCCAGAGAGGAAUCAGAUGAGGGAGAAGAAACUGCAGUUUGACAGGAAAUGCACCAGGAGCUGGAAGUUGCUGUAGAUUUUGCAACAGACUGCAACUGGUGAGAUAUUGUAAGAGGGCAUCUGAUGAGACAAGGACAAGAGGAGGAGUAAAGCUCAGUGAUUUAAAGUGCUUCAUACUGCCCUGUUUUACACUUACAUCCAACGUAUUAUGCACUUCUUUUUGUACCUGCUCCAUCUGUAACUGAGUGGACUUUAUGUAACUCAAACUGACAGUUUCACACAGACGUUUCUGCUCUUCCUGCCUCUUGAAGCAAACUGCAGGUUCCCCCACAGACCUACUUCUGCUCAGCGAGGGAAUAAAGAAAUUAGAUGAAUUAGAGUUUUCUCCUGAACACAGAGUGCCUCAGGGUCCACGAGUAAAGGGAGUUGGUUUUUACUGUGCUAAUGACCCACAACUUUUAUAUAUAUAUAUAUAAAUGUGGAGAAAUUCAAUAAAAUAGAAGUAUUCA